UUGAAGUCAACGUUUUCUUGUCAAUGAAUCUUGGCCACCUCGCUAUAUUCAUUAUCCCGGAAGCCUGAGUUCAGCACCCUGCAAGCAUUGUUGUCUCAUACUAUUCUGAAAAUUUGAUUACUUUGCUCUUGUUUGAGAACAUGGCUGGAGUUCUUGUUGGGGGAGCUUUUCUCUCUGGUUUCAUUAAUGUUGUCCUCGACAGGUUCAUUUCUGGAGAGACUUACAACUUGGUGGUGGGGAAGAAGCUUGUCCCUGAGUUGGUGAGAAGGCUGAGGACUGCUCUCUUGGCUGCCGAAGCUCUGGUUGCUGACGCCGAGCAGAAGCAGUUUGGUAACCAAUCUGUGAGGAAGUGGCUGGAUGAUCUGAGGGAUGCUGUCUACAAGGCUGAUGACUUGCUGGACCAUUUCUGCACCGAAGCUGCAACUCAGAAGCAGGUACCAACUUUCUUGCCGAGCUUCCUCAAUUUUGAAAAUAGGAAGAUUGUCAAUGAGAUAGAAGAGGUUGUUAGAACAAUAGAAGAUCUUGAGAGAUGCAAAGAAAACCUUGGCCUGGAAAAAAUUUCCACCAGUAGCUCUUCAUGGAGGGCUCCAUCCACUUCUCUUGUAAGAGGGAAUGUGUAUGGCAGGGAGGAUGACCAAAAGGCCUUGAUCAAGAUGCUGAAGGACAACAGUGAGCAUCACUUGUCUGUGAUCUCUAUUGUUGGCAUAGGUGGGGUCGGUAAAACAACUUUAGCUCAAUGGGUGUACAACAACGGGGAUUUAAUGAAGGAAUUCGAUCUGAAAGCAUGGGUUUGCAUCUCGGAGAACUUUGAUAUCGUUGAGACUACAAGGAAUGUCAUAAAAGGGAUCCUUGGAGGUGCUUGCAGUCUCGACGAUUUCAAUUCACUUCAACAUGCUUUAAAAGAAAAAUUGUCAAACAAGAAGUUCUUUAUUGUUCUUGAUGAUGUUUGGAGUGAUGAUGGUGACAAAUGGAGUUAUUUUAUGACCCCUUUCCAAUAUGGGAAGAAGGGAAGUAUUGUUCUUCUGACUACUCGCGGGGAAAAUGUUGCUCUAGCAGUUCAGAACUGUCGCCCUUAUUUUCUGAAAGGGUUGUCAGAAGACUAUUGUUGGUCAGUGUUUGCUAACAAUGCAUCUUUUCCAGAAUCAAAUGGGAGAGCAGCACUUGAAGAAAUAGGUAGAAAGAUUGUCAAGAAGUGUGAUGGCUUGCCAUUAGCUGCAGAAACACUUGGUCGCUUGUUACGCACUAAGCACGAUGUUGAGGAAUGGAACAAGAUACUAAUGAGUCAUAUUUGGGGAUUUUCUGUGGAGAAGGGUAAGAUUAUUCCAGCAUUACUGAUAAGUUACUUUCAUCUUCCUCCACAUUUAAAGCGUUGUUUUGUUUAUUGUGUUUUAUUUCCCAAGGAUUAUAAAUUUGAGAAAGAUAAAUUAAUCCUUUUGUGGAAGGCAGAAGAAUUUUUACCACCGCCAAAGAGAGGAGAAAGUUUAGAAGAAGUUGGUUGUGAGUGUUUUGAUGAACUAACUUCCAGAUUAUUUUUCCCGAAGAGAGAAGGCUUUGGUGAUUAUUUUGUGAUGCAUGAUCUCUUGCAUGACUUAGCAAUAUUCCUUGCUGGAGAUUUCUAUUGCAACUCAGAAGAACUUGGUAAAGAAGAGGAGAUAAGGAUUCAGACUCGGCAUUUGUGUGUAGAUUUAAGUCAUUGUAGCUCAAAACUUUAUAAUUCUAUUUCUAAAGUAGAAUCGUUGAGAACAUUAUUAUUGUGUGGCAAUUUCUCAUCUCCCUACUUCAACAUUGAAGCGGCAACAUGUGAGAUAUUAUCAAAGUGUAAAUACUUGAGAGUUUUAUCCUUUGAUAAACUUGAUGUGUUGCCUAAUUCAACAGGAGAAUUGAUCCAUCUGCGCCACUUGGAUCUCUCCUAUACUCGUAUAAAGACAUUGCCAGAGUCUUUGUGCAGCUUGUGUAAUUUGCAAACAUUGAAGAUACGUGGCUGUUAUGGGCUAACUAUGCUGCCUAGUGGUUUGCAUAAUCUUGUGAGUUUGCAGCAUCUUGAUAUUAGAGAAACUGCUUUGGAAGAAAUGCCCAGAAAAAUGAGCAAAUUGAAUCAGUUGCAUGUUUUAAGUUCCUUUGUGGUCGGCAAACACGAAGACAAUGGAAUCCAGGACCAGGAGUUAGGAGGGCUAGUAAAUCUUCAUGGACCCUUCAAGUUUAAGAAGUUGGAGAAUAUUGUUGACGUGAAAGAAGCAAAGAGCGCAAAGAUAAUGGAUAAGAAGCACAUUGAUGAAUUAUGCUUGGAAUGGUCUUUAGGUGAUGAUUUGGUUUCAAGCACAGAAACAGAAAGAGACAUGCUCGAUAACUUGCAACCGCACAAUGGGUUAAAAGAGUUGACAAUAUCGGGAUACAAGGGUACAAUAUUUCCAAAUUGGAUGGGACAUUGUUGCUACCAAAACAUGACAAGUGUAUAUCUAGAGUCUUGCAAGAAUUGCUGCAUGCUGCCUUCACUUGGGCAGCUGCCAUCUCUCAAGUCCCUAACCAUUGAAGGUUUCGAUCAGCUGAGAAGUAUUGGCGAGGAGUUUUACAAGAAUGAAGGAGAUCGUCAUUCUUUACAUAUUGCACCGUUUCCUUCACUUUUGAGUUUGGAGUUUGAUAACAUGGCAUGUUGGGAGGUGUGGCACGUAUCUGAGUCAGAAACUUUUCCUCAACUUAGGAAGCUUAAAAUAAGAAAUUGUCGAAUGUUGAAAGAAGAGAUGCUUAAUCGGGUAUUCUUCAGAAUCGUUUCUUCUUUGUCAGAUGUUUCCAAAGUUCGCAAACUACAUAUAGACACCGGUUUUACAGAAGAGCACACCAAGGACAUGUUUCUUGAUGGGGAGACUUUAUCAAUUUCGGGAUGUGAAUCUGUGGUGGAGUCUGCAUUUAAGGCAAUGAUGAGCAUCAACCAUCUAAGUUGCCUCCAACAAAUACAGAUCUGGAGCAGUAGAAAACUAGAAUUCCCCCGGCUACAGCAGCAGAAGUAUGAUUUGGUAGAGCUACAAAUAGACUACAGCUGUGAUUCACUAACCUCCUUGUCGUUGGAUGUCUUUCCCAAUCUCAAGAAUCUGGAGAUAAGAGGGUGUAGGGAAUUUGUGAGCAACAAAUGAGGGAUUUAUCAUGGAUGGCCAACUUGCACACCCUCACUCGUCUCAAAAUUUAUGGUUAUGGGUGUAAGAACAUAAAGUCUUACCCAGAGGUGGGUUCGCUGCCUCAACUUCCCUCCCUUACCACUCUUGAGAUAUGUUGGUUCUAUAAUCUAGAGACAUUGGAGUGCAACGAGCUUCUCCGCCUCACCUCCCUUCAACAAUUGCACAUUUCAUGCUGCCACAAGCUGGAGAAUAUGGAAGGAGAAAAGCUGCCUCCCUCUCUCUUGCUACUUCAAAUUGAUCAGUGUGGUUUGCUGGGAGAACACUGCAAGAACAAGCAUCAACUAAUCUGGCCCAAAAUUUCCCACAUCCCCACCAUUCAAGUAAAAAACUUUUCCGGUACGGUACAGAUUCUGAGUAGGGUUAGCUAUCUUGUUAGAAGAUUCAAGGUAAAAGGAAUCAGCACGAGGUGUAUAAGCUUUCAAAAUAAAAGGAUCAAAUUAUUGCUGUUUAAUCUUUUCUAACAGUAAGUAUUUCUUCCUUGUCUUGUUUGUAUACAAUGAUAUAUCAGUACCCAGCAUUUGGUAACAUAUUGUACCAUAUCUAUCCUUAUCAUCAGCAAGAACUAGAAGGGUAACUUGGGAUUUAUGCUUGCAACUGCUUGCUAGAUUUGUAACUCUUUUAAAUAGAUGAAGAGUUAUGAUAUUAUUAUACACUCUUCUAAUGCCUUGUAUAAUUUCUUUUGGACACGUUAUCAAACAGGUUUUACAUAUACUAAGCUACAUAAGAUCAGGAAAAAUAUAAUAUUAUAAUAUGCAGGAGUAAAAUAUUCAAGAAGAAAUCUUGUCUUAGAAUAUUCGAUCUUUUGGGACUUAAAAGAGGAUGGCUACUUGGUAAAAUGUCUAUACUGAAAAUCCUCUCUGUAUAACUUGUAAUAUUGUGCCAAUCAAAUUAUGCUUGUGAUCACUUUAUUUUCUAUCGAACUGCAUUUGACUUCCCCUUUGCAAUUUCACUUUUUUGGUGGCAUUUAUGUUUGUUAAAUAUCAUUUCACUGCUGAUCCUAAAAUCAAAACAAUGAUCCAACAUUACUGUAGUACUAUGCAUUUCACAAAAAAGUGUAGAAAAUAAAAAUAACUGAAAGACUAUAGAAUGAUAACUGUGUUUGGUUUUUCUGAUGACAAACUCUUAGUCUUGAAAUGUUAUUAAUUUGUGUAUUAGUGUUUCAGAAGAAAGCCUCUAAGCUCUGCAUGAGAUACGUUGGGAAUACCCUUGCUGUCACUUGAGCAGAAGGUCAAAUAUUCUGAAACCGAACCAGUGUCAAUUGCAGAAAAGGAGAGGGCUCUAGAGGUAACAUAAACUUGAUGGAUCUAGAGGUAUUGAUCUUUGAAGCUGCUCUAUCUCAUAUAAUUUCUUAUGAAUACCAACUCAAAUAGAUUUUCCAGGGGCAUCAAGAGAUAGAUAACUGCUAUGCUGGAGGAUUUGCUUUCUUUCUGGUUUCAACCAUUAAAAUUUGCAUUAGGCAGCUUCUGUGGCAAUUGCAACUUGGUGAGCAUGGUGCUGGAAGUUAGAGGCAUUACCACGUGACAUGAAUAGUCUACUCCCAAGUUUACAGUCUCUCGAGAUAUAUGGUUACUCAGACUUGUGCAGGUUGAUAGAAGUGAUUUGCCACCUAACUUGAAAUCACUUGAUGUGGGAUUUUGCAAGGAACAAAUGAGGGGUGUAUCAUGGAUGCCUAACUUCCACGCCCUCACUCAUAUCUUACAAUUUCAAGUCAUGACUGCGACAACAUAAAGUCAUGCCCAGGGUGGGUUCGCUGCCUCACCUUCCCUCCUUUACCACUCUGGAGACAUUGGAGAGCAACGAGCUUCUCCACCUCACCUCCCUUCAACAAUUGCACAUCUCAUGCUGCCAAGAAGCCCAAGAAUAUGGAAGGAGAAAAGCUGCCUCCUCUCUCUUGCUACUGAAAAUGACAAACUGUGGUUAGAACACUGCAAGAACAAACAUCAACUAAUCUGACCACAUCCUCAUCAUUCAAGUCUAAAACUUUUCCGAUAUAGAUUCUAAGUAGGCCAUGUGAUGACAAGACGCGGAGUAGUAGUUUUUGUGGAAAUUUUGUGUAAUUUGAUGUGAUGUGAUGAGGAGCUGCUCCUUCCAAUAAUUCAGCUUCAGCCUAGACGGCAUUGACUUCAAGUCGUCGCAGCUGGCUCACGCUUAGCUUAGUCCUUGAUUCUAUGCAUCUUGUGGGAAGUUUCAACUUCCAACCACCGUGUUAUGUUCUGGGGCCAGGUUCAAUAGUACUACCAUAUUAGUCUC